AUGAGGAAUGUCGUAGAAAGUGUCUGUGACAUGACAGGAUUCAAAGAAUGGCACCUGUCUUCGGUUGAGGAGUGCAAGUCUCUUCGUCCGUCCCAACAACAACUUACAACAACAACAAAAUUAUCAAUUCUAAAAGGAGUGGCACCAGCGGACAGGAUAAAGGAAAGAAACGUUGCACUCAACAAGAAGGCCUCGCAGAGCAGUUUGUUGCGAUCGGAAUACCCUGCGGAGCGAGCUGUGGACGGAAACACAGGAACCAUUCUGUACCCCCGACAAGAAUGCACACAUACGGACCUGGAGUACGAGCCGUGGUGGAAGGUGGAUCUUCGAGACACGUACAUCAUCAGUCACGUGAGAGUCAUCAACCGUGGAGACUGCUGUGGUGAACGCUUGCAAAAUUUUAGCGUGCGAGUAGGACCCCAUCAAGACAUCUCAAGGAAUACACAAUGUGGUGAAACGUAUACAAAGACCCCAGCAGAUGGGGAGACAAUAGACAUCUAUUGUGGCGAGCCCAUUGUUGGACACUGGGUGUCCGUCCAACUGGUUGGUCGUGAAGACUACCUAAGCCUGUGCGAAGUGGAAGUGUUCGAAGUUUCCAGUCCUGAAUUUGAGAAGUAUCGUUACGACGUGCACAUUGGGAGAAAUGUUGCUGUCGGAACACUUCUUGUAGACUUAAAUGCCACAAACAUCGAUGAAGGCAUGCGCAUUGGCGAUGGACUGGCGUACUCGUUUGGGAACAACACUUCGGAUUCUGCCCUUGAACUUUUCUCCAUCGAUUCGGUGACAGGAAAGUUGGCAGUCAAAUCAUCGUGGAUAGGAAAACUCUCCCGGCAAUACCAUUAUAGCACAUUUAGCCGUCUCAACAUCGGAAAGUAG